AUUAGCCAUUUGUCUCUAGACGGAUUCUUUUUGCUGUGCGCUUGUGAUCAUGUGACUUAGAGGGAAAGACAGUGGCAGGCUAGAUAGUCACUCUAUAAUGUAAGCGUAACACUUGCAUAUUUUAAUUGUUGGUGUUGUGCUGUUAGGGUAUCAUAAAGGCAGCUAUGUUGUUAGUUUUUUCUGAUGAGCAUAAGGAGCAUUUGGGCUUCUUACCAGAGGUGGACUCUUCGGUUGUUGGCGAGUUCGGCAGAAUAGCCGUGGAGUUUUUGAAGAAAGGAUCAAACCCCAAAAUUUAUGAGGGAGCAGCGAGAAAGCUAAAUGUGCCAUCAGAGACAAUUCAGCAUGGAGUUGAGGGAUUGAUGUAUCUUCUUACUGAAAGUUCAAAGCUUAUGAUCUCUGAUGUGGAUUUCCAGGACUCUGUAUUAGUGUUGGGGUUUUCUGAGGAACUGAAUAAACUCCUGCUACAACUAUAUUUAGAAAACAGGAAAGAAAUACGGCAGAUUCUAGGGGAGCUUGCUCCCUCUCUGCCUCACUAUCAGAACCUUGAGUGGCGGCUUGACGUACAGUUGGCUAGCAGGGCUCUUAGACAACAAGUGAAACCUACAGUUACUAUGAAGCUACACCUGAAGAGUGGAGGGACACAGACUGCCCGUCUUUUUCAGACAGACCCUGCCACAUUGCUGCAUCUCCUCCAGGAGCUGGAGCGUGCUCUUGCUGAAGUCAAGAGCAACCACUGUCGCCGAAUUCUCCGCAAUAUAAAAUAAUACUGCAUAGUGGCACUGUACAGUGUGGCCACUAGAUGGCCCAGAAUGUCAUCUAAGUCAGUGUUCCCCAGUCAAGGUCCUGGUUAGGGCUGGAAAGUUUGGGGAAAAUACCUAAUUGCAAUUUUUAUGAUUAGUAAUGCCAUUACACUUUAAAUGCGGUUGUUUUCUAUGAAUUAAGUUCCAGGCAUUUUUUUGCACAUAGAAGUCCAGCAUAUUCAUUGUUCCAGACUUGGGGCUUGAACGCUGCAUGUACUGUGCCAGACCACCAUUUCUGCAUUAUUUAGUUGUUUCCCCGCCUAAAACUUCUAAAGACAGUGCUGAAUAAAGUUGGAUAUAGAUAAAAUUGUAGCUCCUGAAAAUUGCUCCUUCACAUUUCAGUAUAAAAACAAUUGAUUAUUAAUUCUCUGGACUGCGCUUUUUUUUUGAAUAGUUAAGUAAGUCAGGUUGUUGCUAUUGGAUAAACAGCAAAGUGUAAUGCAGCAGUACUCUAGGGGCUUUACUGGAAAUUAGGAAAUCUUGUGUUAACUCCACAUCUGCCCUGUGAUGGAAUUGCGACCUGCCCGGGGAAUAGCCUACUUUCUGCCCGAUGACAGCUGGGAUAGGCUCCAGCACCCCCUCCGCGACCCUGGGAGAGAAGUAGCUUGUGUGUGUGUGAACUCCACAGGGCUGCACUGAAUACUAACAAAUUCCUAGGUUUUCUAUUAAAGACUUUGAUUGACUUUUUGUUGAGUCAUAACUAGAAUGGGGUGGUCAGCAAAAAACAACACACUAACUCAAAGGUUGUCUUAUUUACUAAAGCAGUGAGCCAUGUUAAAGGUGAAUCAUUUCCAUGUUUUAAUUCGUGUCUUAUGUUGGCUUGUUUUAUGUAGUCAUUACACACACAUUACUGCUGAUUGUAGUGCUUUUGUCAAUGUUUUCCUUUCAGAAUAUUUUUGUAUUUUGGGACCAGUUCAUAAGCAAGAGGGCCUGAACUUAAAAAUUCAUUUGAAAUAAGAUGGAGAACAUUUAAAAUUGUGGUGCGUUUUCUUUCUAUGCCUUUGGUAAGCAGCACAUGUCUUGUCUUCGCAUACACUGUAGUAGUUAAUCCAUUAUCAAGAACAAAAUGCUCUUCUGAUUGUGUUUUAUAAGUAAACGAAUUAUGUUAUUUGUUGUAUGUGUGCUUUUUGUCUGUUAAAUCUUGUGGCAACAAUGCAAUUGUGAUUUUUUUUUUUUUUUUUCCUGUGAAGAGCAUUGUAAGUUCAUUUUGAUUUAAUGGGGUUUGGUAACCUCUAUGUUUCUUGAGUCUAAUGGUUCAUUUACUAAUCAUUCACUAGUAAAUGGGGUGAAAAUGUUUUUUGCAGUUUCACAACUAUUAUAUAAAUGCUAACGAAGAACUGAAGCUAAAGGUUAGGGUUAGUUAAGAUGACUGCUCCAUUGGAAGUGCCAACGUUUUACCAAUGUUCAUUGCUUAAUGCACCUAUACCGUUCUUUAAAAGACUUAAGAGGCUGAGGGUGCAGUAGCAGGCAGGACUAAGUGGUAUGUGAAAAUGAUUAAAUCUUGCCUCACAUA